AUGCCAACUAAUGUAACGGAUAUCGUUCCUGGACCGCUCAAUCGAUUGGAUCUCGUAACUCCAAUUGAUCGUGCCUUAGGAAGGAAAAAUGACGAUGAUGAUAUGUAUUCAGCGACUGAACCCUACAAUAAGACCCUUUUGAGAUUAAGUGAAGUAGAAGGCAGCACUGUGAAGAACGAGCUGACAAGUACAACUGAGGCGACAACAAGGACUACGGGCUAUCCAAGAGGUACCACGAAGAGUCCUCACAGAAGAACAGCAAAUGAUGCAUUUUUGACGAGAAAGAAAGUCUACAAAAUAUUGGAGAAUAAAUUCCAAAGUCAUGGUCAUCCUGGAAAGCCCUGCCUCCUUAGGGCUAUCUGUGAGGAGGCUCAUGAGCCAAUUAAUGCUCAUAACGGUGUUCUUGGUGACGUCAUUCACAUCGUCUUAACACCUUCAAGUUCAGAGCGAGAAGACCUCCAGGAGGAAUACUACAGAGCCGAAGAAUUGGGACAUUCUGGUAAUUGCUCAAAAUACAGCAAAUAUUGUUCUAAAUCCAUUAUAGACUAUAUAAGUAAAAUAAUUGAGAGUUGA